AUGGCACCGACAGCGAGGUCAGGGCUGCUGAGAGCGCUUCUCUUGGCUCUCCUCUGGUGUCAGAUCGAAGCCUUCUAUAUCCCCGGCUGGUCAAUAAAGUCAUACGGCCAAAAUGAGAACAUCCCUUUAAUGGUGAACAAAGCAUACUCGGACAAUACACAACUGCAAUAUGCCUAUUAUGACCUCCCCUUCGUCUGCCCUCCAACCGGCCACCACCGUCCGGGCGCAGGGCUGCUCAGUGGCCAGAGCAUCUCCCUCAACCUGGGGGAGGUCUUGCGCGGCGACCGCAUCGUCAUUUCCGAUCUCGAGCUGUCGAUGAUGAAGGAUAAGGAGUGCAACAUGCUCUGCAGCAGGGAGGUCUCCAGGCGCGACGUCAAGUGGGCCCGGGAGCUUGUCCGGGACGGAUACGUUGUCGAGUGGAUCGUGGACAACCUUCCCGGAGCAACGAGCUUCGUGACAGUCGACAAGACCCGCAAAUACUAUGCUGCCGGAUUCAAGCUUGGGUUCACGGACACGUCGUCCGGCAGGCCACGCUACUUCUUGAACAACCACCACACUAUUGUUGUGCGCUACCGCAGCGCGCCAGGCAAGGCCGGCGAGAAGGGAGAAAAGGUUAUUGUUGGCUUCGAGGUCUACCCCAAGAGUAUCGGGUCUGCCAACCGGAGGAACAAGGAUGGGUGCCCCGCGGAUCUGCAGAACAUUGAGCAAAGCUUUGAGCUGUACAUGGCCCCUAACAAAACAGUGUCUGAAGCCGCCAACCAGCUAUACUCACAGUCGUCAUACCAGCCCGAGAUCGACCAGGAGGACCUCGACGACGACGCCAGGAUGACUAUCCCCUACACGUAUUCGGUCUACUUCCGCGAGGACAACACGGUCGAGUGGAACAAGCGCUGGGACCUCUACUUUGUUAACCAAGAGGAAGGCUCUCGGAUUCAUUGGCUGGCCAUCGUCAAUUCCUUCAUCAUCUGCGGGCUCCUGACGGGAAUCGUGCUGAUAAUCAUGGCCAAAACGAUCAGGACCGAGAUCAAGGGCUACAAGGACGCUCGCGCUGAGGAAGGCAAGCUUAAGCUCAAAAGAGGUGGCGGACAGCGGUCGCCGAGGCUGUCUGAGAAGAAGGCACUCGGAUUGCUCGACCAGGGCGGCGACGACAACGAUGCGGAUGCCUCUUCCGACGACGAGGCCCUGGAGGACGUCACGGGCUGGAAAUUGCUACACGCUGAUGUCUUCCGGGCUCCUCACUACGGCUGGAUCCUGGCUCCUCUGGUUGGGUCUGGCGUCCAGCUUCUUUUCAUGGCUGUCGGACUCGUUCUGCUGAGCGCGUUGGGCAUCCUGAACCCCAGUCUCCGCGGCGGAUUCAUCAGCUUCGGCAUUGGUCUAUUCGUCUUUGCUGGUCUGUUCUCUGGGUAUUACUCGGCUCGGGUGUACAAGACCUUUGAGGGACAGGAUUUCCUGCGCAAUGCGGUGGUGACGGCUUUGCUGUUUCCCGGCCUGGCCUUUGGGCUCAUUUUCAUCCUGAAUCUUUUCGUCUGGGCCCAGGCCUCGAGCACUGCCAUCCCAUUCGGGACCUUGGUCGGCCUGUUGCUGUUGUGGCUUUUCAUCCAGCUUCCCCUCGUCUACGUUGGCUCCCGAUAUGGCUACAACCGCGGCGGCGCGUGGGAGCACCCGACGAAGACGAGCCUGAUCCCACGACAGGUACCUCGACAAGCCUGGUACAUUAAGCGCACGCGGUCCGUGUUGCUCGCUGGUCUCAUUCCAUUUGCUGUCAUCUUUAUCGAGCUGCUCUUCGUCUUCCAGUCCGUCUGGCAGGACAAGUCGGGCUACUACUACGUCUUCGGGUUCCUCUCCGUCGUCUCGCUCAUCCUGAUCGUGACGGUCGCCGAGACCACCGUUGUCACCGUCUACGUCCAACUGUGCAGCGAGAACUACAAUUGGUGGUGGCAGUCGUUCCUCGUGGGCGGAGCGAGCUCGGUGUGGGUGUUCGUGUACUGCAUCUGGUACUACUUUUACAAGCUGCACAUCACAGGGUUUGUGAGCUCGAUGCUGUUCUUCACGUAUAGCUUCAUGGCUUGUCUGGUGUACGGGCUUCUCACGGGCACGGUCGGCUUCCUGAGCGCCUACGCCUUUGUCAGGAGGAUAUAUGGCCAGUUUAUGGCCAGGGUUGCCGAGAGCAAGGCGAAGGUCGCGGCCAUGUCCCCAGAGGAGCUCGAUGUCAUAGACCUUUUAGGCAUGGGUGGCCCCUCUGAAGGGGUCGGGCCCGAGGAAGCUGUGAGAAGACUGGAGGAGAUUGAGAAUGGUUGCUACGACAGCGACAGUGAGGAGGAUGACGAUGCUGAGAAGUCCGGAGGGGCAGAAGUGGGAAAACCGAGGGUGACCGAUGAUAAGCAGGAUAGCAAAGGCAAGAAUUGCCCAGAGGCCGGAGGUGCCCAAGAUGACAAGGAGAAGGCGGCGGAGGAAAAGCAGGGCUAG